GGAAUGGCGGAAUAGUCUUGGAGGAGGCGGGAGCACCGGAAGCUGUGAGCGCUCACAGCAGCCAUCACGCAGAUCUAACAAAAUGGCUGCAGAUCUGACCCACAGACUCAUGGGAGCUGAAUAGACAUUUUUCCAAAGACACAGGAAUGGACGGCAGGUUUAGAAAAAGGCUCCACAUACCUAAUCAUGAGGAAAACGUAUUAAAAUCACAGUGAGGCAUCACCUCUCUGGUUAGGAUGAUAACAAAGGCAAAAGAAGGAUUUUCUACGGACAUGAAAUUAUUGUUGCAGUUAAGUGCAUGGUAAUCCCCAGAACCCAUGGGAAAGAGAUGGAGGUGUAUGGCUUUGCACUUAUGACAGAAAGUUUCCGGAGACAUAUGCCAUUGCCAUCCAAAGCACAACACGCAACCACCACAGUUCUCUGUGCAGGGCAGGUGGUUCUCAUGAUCCCAAGGCUGAAGCUCUGUCCCUCUUCACCCAGCCCAGAGGGAGGCUGAUUUCCAAAGUCCUGUGGGGACUGUGGAGUCAGAGAAUGACAGAGGCCUAUGGAGGAGGUAUCUUGGUUGUCAUUCCUGUGGGGCAGCUCCUCCCACGCACCUGGCCUUUCAUAAAGGGUUUCUCCCACGGCUGUCCAGGCAUCAGCCUGAUGAAGGGGAUUGUUGCCGCUGCUCCUCCCCACUCCCCCAAACUCAGUGUCAGCUCAAGAUUGUGCCCAGCAGGGAUGGGACCAACGCCAGCCUCACACUCACCUGUGGGGCAGAGCAGAUGCCCAUGUCAGACCACCGUGGAUUGAAUCUGUUUCUCACACACAGGGGAGGGGCUGAGCGCUGACUGUGGCCUCCAGUGAGUGAGGAGAGACCCCCCAGCGCCUGUCCACACACACAGGGGAGGGGGAGCCACAGCUUCCAGCCUCACCCAGAGCCCUGACCCCUCCCUGCCUGGGAGGACGUGGGGUUCCUCUUCUGUCCCGCACGGAGGUGGGAGCCUCCUCCUCCCUAAUGACCCUGGGUGGUCCCAGACACCUGUGGCCACUCAGCAUUGAACUCUGCUCAUGGAAGGGGAUGCGUCUCAAUGUGAGGAACUGUUCUUCCUCUUUCUGUGCCUGUGGCUGUGAUGAUCUGCAUAUUUCAGACGUAUCACAAGGAGAAUUUCAUGGUAUUUGGAGCCGGUGUGGGCUCUUGAAUGGGGGCGUCAAUCAUCAUCCUCCACUGUGGAGCCCAGCACCAGGAUCCUCUCCCGUCCCCACCCUCCUGUCUGAACUGGUCUGGAAAUUCACCAUGGCUGAGCCUCCCAUGUCCUGGGCACCACUGACCCCCACAGCCACUGUGAUGAGUGGGGUUCAUGACAGCAGGCUCAGAGGUGACAUUCAUGUCCAAAGUCACAUAAACCUGGAUGAUAAUCAGGAAUUAAGUACAAAUCAGCUCACCUUCCCCAGAAUCAGAUUACAGACCUAACAAAUUCUUCUGAAAACUCUGAACAUGGACGGAGGUGCCGAGGGAAGGCCAAGGACGCAAGGGACACUGAGGAGGCGGGACCGACUCAGAGGCUCAUUCCCAGGGUGGGGGUGGGUGAUGUUGCAACAAAGAAAAAAGGGGAAGUACAGGAGAGGGACGGUUUGGUAGGAAGGAAACACACACUCUCAAAACAGAACAAAUAUGUUUUAUUAUAGUUAUUCCCUGCAUUUCCCCUUUUGAGACAGGGUCUCACUCUGUCACUGAGGCUGGAAGGCCAAGGGAUGAUCAUAGCUCCCUGCAGCCUCCGCCUCCCAGGCCGAAGUGAUCCUCCCACCUCAGCCUCCUGAGUAGCUGGGACUAGAGAUGUGAGCUGCCAUGCCUGGCUAAUUUUUUGCUUUUUUUAUACAGACAAGGUCUUGCUAUGUGGCCCAGGGUAAUCUGAAGCUCCUGGCCUCUAGCCGUCACCCACCUCAGCCUCCUGAGGUGCUGGGAUUCCAGGCAUGAGCCACCAUGGUAGACCCUGCAUUACUCCUCUGUGCUCACUGCCACAUGCAGCUCAACCUGAGCUACACAGCCAGGUGUCAGGUGCGUCUCUGCUGAUCUGAGUCUAACUGCAGCAUGGACCUGGGUUUUCCCUGAAGCAUCUCCAGGGCUGGAGGGACGACCGCCAUGCCCUAAAGGUAUGACAGCCAGGCUCCUGAGAGGGCAGUUGCACUUCCUGUGUGGUUGCACAUAACAAAACCCCAUGACAAGAAGGAUCCAGCCUCCGAGUGUCCACACCCUGUGCGUCUCUCUGUCCUGCCAGCACUGAGGGCUCAUCCAUCCGCAGAGCAGGGCAGUGGGAGGAGACGCCAUGACCCCCAUCCUCACAGUCCUGAUCUGUCUCGGGCUGAGUCUGGACCCCAGGACCCACGUGCAGGCAGGAAUCCUCCCCAAGCCCACCCUCUGGGCUGAGCCAGGUUCUGUGAUCAUCCAGGGAAGUCCUGUGACCCUCAGGUGUCAGGGGAGCCUUCAGGCUGAGGAGUACCAUCUAUAUAGGGAAAACAAAUCAGCAUCCUGGGUUAGACGGAUACAAGAGCCUGGGAAGAAGGGUCAGUUCCCCAUCCCAUCCAUCACCUGGGAACAUGCAGGGCGCUAUCGCUGUCAGUACUACAGCCACAGUCACUCAUCAGAGUACAGUGACCCCCUGGAGCUGGUGAUGACGGGAGCCUACAGCAAACCCACCCUCUCAGCCCUGCCCAGCCCUGUGGUGACCUCAGGAGGGAACGUAACCCUCCAGUGUGGCUCACAGGUGGCAUUUGACGGCUUCAUUCUGUGUAAGGAAGGAGAAGAUGAACACCCACAACGCCUGAACUCCCAUUCCCAUGCCCGUGGGUGGUCCUGGGCCGUCUUCUCCGUGGGCCCCGUGAGCCCGAGUCGCAGGUGGUCGUACAGGUGCUAUGGUUAUGACUCGAACUCUCACUAUGUAUGGUCUCUACCCAGUGAUCUCCUGGAGCUCCUGGUCCCAGGUGUUUCUAAGAAGCCAUCACUCUCAGUGCAGCCAGGUCCUAUGGUGGCCCCUGGGGAGAGCCUGACCCUCCAGUGUGUCUCUGAUGUCGGCUACGACAGAUUUGUUCUGUAUAAGGAGGGAGAACGUGACUUCCUCCAGCGCCCUGGUUGGCAGCCCCACGCUGGGCUCUCCCAGGCCAACUUCACCCUGGGCCCUGUGAGCCCCUCCCACGGGGGCCAGUACAGAUGCUACGGUGCACACAACCUCUCCUCCGAGUGGUCGGCCCCCAGUGACCCCUUGGACAUCCUGAUCACAGGACAGUUCUAUGACAGACCCUCCGUCUCGGUGCAGCCGGGCCCCACCGUAGCCCCAGGAAAGAACGUGACCCUGCUGUGUCAGUCACGGGGGCAGUUCCACACUUUCCUUCUGACCAAGGAGGGGGCAGCCCAUCCCCCACUGCAUCUGAGAUCAGAGCACCAAGCUCAGCAGAACCAGGCUGAAUUCCGCAUGGGUUCUGUGACCUCAGCCCACGCGGGGACCUACAGAUGCUACAGCUCACUCAGCUCCAACCCCUACCUGCUGUCUCUCCCCAGUGACCCCCUGGAGCUCGUGGUCUCAGAAGCAGCUGAGACCCUCAGCCCAUCACAAAACAAGACAGACUCCACGACUACAUCCCUAGGCCAACACCCCCAGGAUUACACAGUGGAGAAUCUCAUCCGCAUGGGUGUGGCUGGCUUGGUCCUGGUGGUCCUCGGGAUUCUGCUAUUUGAGGCUCAGCACAGCCAGAGAAGCCUCCAAGAUGCAGCCAGGAGGUGAACAGCAGAGAGGACAAUGCACCCUUCAGCGUGGUGGAGCCCCAGGGACAGAUCUGAUGAUCCCAGGAGGCUCUGGAGGACAAUCUAGGACCUACAUUAUCUGGACUGUCUGCUGGUCAUUUCUAGAGACAGCAAUCAAAAUUUGAGUGCAAGGAAACUGUCGGCGGUGAUUCCUAGAAGAUCAUUAAACUGUGGUACAUUUUUUUGUCUAUGAA